GCCAAUAGAUGUUGCCGCAUCACAAAAAAUUCAACUCUUAAGAUCAAGGGUCUCGCAAAAUCGUGUACUUCGGAAUUGAAAAUACCUCGCAGACUGUAAAUAAACUUUCGCCACAAGAGAUGCCUCACAAUACCACUAGGAAAGAGUUCCAGCUCUUGAGUGUGUAAACGUACAUGUCCUCAAUUUCACAAACGUUUGGCAUAGAUUCGUGAUUUUCUCUCUCGUGGUGGAUUGAUGGAUCUCGUAUGUCCUGAGAUGUGAAUUAAUAUUUUGGAAAUGAGUUGAUCGGAUUUCAAUUUUUGUGAGUAUAAGAAAACAAAUAUGGCGGAAGAUAAAAUAGGUUCGUUAGAAGAAGAAGCUUUAAAAAGAAAAGAACGUUUACAAGCUUUGAAGAAGAAGACUGAGGAAAAUAAAGAAAAUAAAAGUGAAAGUGCUAGUAAAUUACCGAAGCCAAAAUUUCGAAGUUAUAAACCACAGGAUGAAAGUCUCAAAGAUAAAGUAUUAGAAGAUGCGAAGCCAGGCAAUGUAGAAGAGGAAGUAAAAGAUCAAUUAAGUGCUGCAAAUACGAAAGUUGUUAUUGAAGAACUUGAUAUCAGCAAUCUUGCCCCUAGAAAACCAGAUUGGGAUUUAAAACGAGAUGUUGCUAAGAAAUUAGAAAAAUUAGAAAGGAGAACUCAAAAAGCAAUAGCAGAACUUAUAAGAGAACGUCUUAAACAAGGGCAGCAUGAUUUAGCUGCUGUGGUGAAUAUGGCAACCAAAGAUUAAAUAGAAUCAUCAACUUAAUGUUAUUAAUAAUAUAAUUUUUAGAUGUAUAUGUAUAUAAUAUGUAUGUAUAUAUUUAAUUAUAAUAUUUAAUUAAUAUUAUUUUGUCUUAUAAAAUUUUUAUAAAAUAUUUUAUGAAAUUGUAAAAAAUUUUGACGAAAUUGUAAGAAAUAAAUAAAAUGCAUUAUUAA